GCCGCGGGUCCUAUCAAUUAAUUACCUACUGGCCCAGCAACUUAUUGCUGACUCCGUCCAGUCCGGGGCUCCUCGUCCGGUGCUGUCUCUCUCCUACACACGCGACAAAGCAAAGCAUCUCUCUAUCCAUAUGUGCUGGCUCGUAGGCUGUCAUUAACGAACGCGCAUUUCUACCCACCGGAGAAUACUACCCUCUGGUCCUUAGCGAACGAUCCCAGCCAGGGCAACACUACCAACUAUUGUGCUUGAACUCCCUUACCUCUUACACACCCGCUCCCGAGUGUCCGUCUGCUAUCACUGACAAGCCUCUUACUAAAAGGCGCAGACCGCAGCGAUGCGGGGUAUCCAAGUUAACCAAUAUGUCAAGGGUCCGAAAGAGCUUCAGGUGACAGAGUUGCCGGACCCGGUGCCGCGGCCGGACCAGUACCUCAUUGAGGUGCACGCCGCGGCGACCAACUUCUUCGACAUCCUGCAGAUCCAGGGCAAAUACCAGAACCAACCCCCCUUCCCCUGGGUCGCCGGCGCCGAGUUCUCCGGCGUCGUGCUCGCCGUGCCGUCCGCGUCCUCGGCCGCGAACCCGCCGCGCUUCCCCGUCGGCAGCCGCGUCUUCGGCGCGUCGCAGGGUGCGUACGCGACGCGCGUGUGCGUCGCCGAGCCCGAGCUGCUCGCCGUGCCCGCGGGCUGGUCCUUCGCCGACGCGGCGGGGCUCUUCGUCACGGCGCCGACGAGCUACGGCGCGCUCGCGCUGCGCGCCCGCCUGCGCGCCGGCGAGUGGGUCCUGGUGCACGCGGCCGCCGGCGGCGUCGGGCUCGCCGCCGUCCAGGUCGCCAAGGCCCUCGGCGCCACCGUCAUCGCCACCGCCGGCACCCCGCGCAAGCUCGAGGUCGCGCGCGCCUUCGGCGCCGACCACGUCGUCGACUACGGCGAUCCGGCCUGGCCCGAGCGCGUCCGCGCGCUGACCCCCGGCGGCCGCGGCGUCGACGUCGUCUACGACCCCGUCGGGCUCGUCGAUCGCAGCACCAAGUGCGUCGCGUGGAACGGCCGGAUCCUCGUCGUCGGCUUCGCCGCCGGCAGCAUCGAGAAAGUGGCCAUGAACAAGGUAUUGCUGAAGAACAUCAGCAUCGUCGGCAUCCACUGGGGCGCGUACGCGCGCUUCGAGCGCGAGACGAUCCCCGUCGUCUGGGAGGGCAUUGGCCAGCUCAUCGCGCAGGGCAAGUUCCGCGGCACGGUGUUCACGGACCGCGAGUUCGUAGGCCUUGAGAGUGUCGCCGACGCGCUGCUCGCGCUCGGCGGCCGGGAGACGUGGGGGAAGGUCGUGGUCAAGAUCCCGCAGUCCGGGGAAAGCAGAUUGUAGUAGGUAGAACAAGCACGCCAGGAUAGAAACGGCGCUCAUAACGUACACUGGCCAGCUCGGCCCGAAUUUUCCUUCUCACAUGCCCACUCACCCCCCUUUUGCGUCACUCGAUCGCGUUUAGUUCGCCGCCUCCUUCAGGAGCGCGUGAGUGCUGUACCCCAUCGACCUGACCUGGAUCUGCAUGCUGUCGAGGACCCUGCGCCGCAUCUCGGAGGGAGUCUUGGCAAUGUCCAUGCCCGGAAAGGCUCCGUGCGUGCUGCCGAACUCGUACUUCCUCAGGAUUCCCCACAUACGGCUAAGCUCGUCGGGGGCCAGCGGGAUCAUGUUUGGGAUGCUCCACAUGAAGGCGUAAGUGUUAA